GGCUGCAUUCCUGCCUGUGCUGAAUCCAUAGCCUGCAGCAUCGGGAUCAGGCAGAGGCAUGUCAGCAUACCCAGAAAAACUUCACACAUUCCUGUGCGCUCUGAACAACGACAUCUCGCCAUUCUCUCUAACAAUGUCACGUCCUUAUACUGGGUCAUCUUAACUGCUGGGUUUAGCGUAUCGGCAAAGAAGAAGAAAAACAUGCCGGUUCAUUCUGGUAAAGCUUAAGUUUUGAUGUCAGCUGCUGUUUCAUCAGAGCUAUUGCUGUUUCCUGCUGCCGCCUCCAAAGUGUGAAGGUGGCCUCCUUGUUCUCCAUGUCUUGCUAAAGCUUCAGACGUGGGAUUAGAGCACCAUGUUGGAGCCUCAAGAAUCUCGAUACAAUAUCGAGGAGUGGCUGAUGACCCUUCGCUUGUCGCAGUACAUCUCCUUCUUCCAGAAGGCUGGAUAUCGGGUUGUGGAAGACUGCAGAGGACUCACAGAUGAGCGACUCCUGGAGCUCCAGGUGCUGCCGACCGGCCACCGUAAACGAAUCCUCUGGAGUUUGGAGGCACAAGGGUUGAAGCAAGAGGGUGGAGAGAGAGGUGAAAGCGAGCAGGAUACUCGGGAGAGUGAUGGGAAUCAAAAGAAGCCACCGUUACUCCCGAGACACGUUUUCCGUAAUUACCGAAGCACGGGGGUGUCCUGUCAACAUAACCAACCGAAGGAGAACAGGGACUAUAAUGUGGAAGGGAGUCAGACUUUGCCUGCAGGUGCAGGACUAACACCAGAUCCUGAGAACCAGCCCGGUCGCCGACAUAUUAUUCCACCAGUACCUGCCCCACGAAACCUCCAGCUUGCACAGACGUCUGUGUCCUCACGUCCCUGCUUUCCUACCUCCAUGCUCUCGAGCAGCAGCAAUGAAUCGCUUCCCACCUCGGAAACGCCCUCCGAUUUCGAGGCCUCUUCAGAAGAGCAGUGUCAGUGGAACUGUGACUCUGUGCCCUCUGCAACCGAUGCUCUCCGUCUAGUGCUAGCUGAAGACCAAGAGGAUUUUUAUGGUGAGAUGGUGGAAAACUCAAUCUACGAGGCACAACCAGCCGGCCCGCGACUUACCCGCUCCUACCGGUUAAGGCACCGGCCUGUUCCUGAAAUCCCCAGCGAACCUGCUGCUGCGCUCCUGGACAGGAGCGCACAAACAACCAGCCCUGAACACCUAACCGGCUCAGAGCGUCCCACUGGUGCAAACGGCAUACAGAAAGCUCCACUUCAAAGAACCUUGACGCCCAUCGCUCCCUACGGAGAAAUAUUCCUGUACAACAAGCCCGGCUCGGCUCCGGAAAAAGGCGCCAAAGACGGGUUGCAGGGCUUUAAGGCCAGGAUGAAACCGAAGAAAAAGAGAAAAAAAGCCAAAGAAAAAGAGAGUCCUCCGUCCCCACCUGUCCCCAACGCAGACGGAUACUCGACCGUGAAAAUGUGUGCCAGCAUGCUACCUCGGGCCAGUCUGGACACGGCUUUUUCCACGACCCCCGACACUGCCCCGGCUGGUUUGGCGAGCCCCGUCCCCGAAGACGAGUCCAUGAUCAUGGUGGAGUGCGACCUCUACACGGAGUCUGCAAACUGUCGAGGGAUUGUGACGGACAGCGCAGAGCCCGAUAUCUCGCCGUACGCCUGCUUCUACGGAGCUCCCAAACAAGCGGUCAAAGUGGGCUGGCUGGACAAGUUGUCACCUCAGGGAAAUUGUGUUUUCCAAAGAAGAUGGGUGAGAUUUGACGGCGAGAGUCUGGGCUACUACAACAACGACAAGGAGAUGUACUCCAAAGGUCUGAUCCUGGUCAGUGCCAUCAGACAGGUGAAAGGACUGGGCGAAAAUAAGUUUGAGGUCAUCACGGGCCUCCGGACUUUCACAUUCCGGGCCGAGAAAGAAGGGGAGCGCCAGGAGUGGAUGGAAACUCUUCAGACGGCCGUGCGCCCCCCCGCCUGCAGCUCCCAGAAGUGCACCGACAGCCUUCCCCACCUCUCCUCCACAAACAAGCGAGGCUUGCUGGAGCUCCGUGGUUACAAAGGCAGACUGCUGGUGUCCCUGGUGGGGAGUAAAGUCAGGCUCUGCAAAACAGAACAGGUACUUCCAACACCACCGGGAACUCCUCUGUAUAGAAUGACAGUUUUGUGUUUAAAAGACGGAAGAUGAUAAGCCUCCUUGAAGCGGCGGCGGGAGAGUUGGAGAGGCUCGUGAAUGUGCAACGCAGAAAGUAAAUAUCUGCGUUAUGCGCAUGUGUGUUUUAAGAUGUUUCGGUCUGCUCUGAAAUACUGGGUGCUUGCAGAAAAGGCACAUGCUAGCACACGGAAAACACUGGUUUGCAAACCUUGUUGCUCAGCCCCAAAAAUUACAACAACCGGAAAUGCAAGACCUUCACGUGCAAAUCCAAAGUUUGGUUGUAGACGUCAUACAGACCCUCUAAGCUUUUCCUGAAUUUCUUUUAUUAGAAGCGCAAACGUCAAUGUAUUUUACUAUGAUUUAAGAACCUCAGUGAACAUACAGCGUCAUGGAGACGGAUAAAGUUGUGGUAAAGAUCGAAGUUCAGAUCGUAAGUUCAGAACGUCCAAAAGAGCACCGUUCAAUCCAACAGCUGAAAGUAGAAAAAAGUUUGACACAGCUGCAAACCUGCCAAGACGUGACCAUGCAUCUAAACUGAAAAGCUGGGGAAGGAGUGCAUUAAGCAGAGAAGCAGUUGAGAAGUAAUGGAGAAUGGCAAGAAGAAGAAGUAGUACUGUUGAAAGACGACCAUAAGAAGUAAUGCUGGCAUUUUGCUCCAAGCCAAGUAGGAGAUAUGACAAGAAAGUCCUCUGAUCGGAUGAAACCUCAGGUGGCGCUUUGGGCUCCGCGUAAAAUGCAAGAUGUGGUUGAAAACUAACAGUGCAAACCAUCCCCAGUGUGAAACAUGGUGGCAGUAAUCACACUGUGGGACCGCUUUUCAUUAGGAGAGUCACCGACGACGGUCAGAGUCCAUGUGAAGAUGGACAGAGCUAAUUAGAAACACUUGUAAGUGUCACUGCAGCAAAAUGUGGUUAAGCUCCCCUGAAGUUUUGACCCAGCAGAGCUGGAUACAGAUGCAAGGUGAACUUUUCAGAUUCUCAUCUAUAAAAUUUGUAUUUUUUUUCCUUCAUGUAACUACUUUUUCAAGACAGACUGAUAAAUUCCAUCUAACAGUUGGGAAAAAAAAGCAGCUUUGGUGCACUGGAUGCCUUUCGUCAUUCUCAGUCUUUUGUGCUGUGACUGGUGGAAAAAAGUUUAUUCCUUUUUUUUUUUUUUGUAGAAAUUAACACGUCUGUCAAAGUGUGAAUUAAUAGAAAGAUGGCGGAGAAAGUAAUAGUUGCCGAACCUCAGAAAGUUCAGUAUUUACUACCCGUCCGUCUGAAGGUGUGGCCGUUAGCUCGCCUUUAUUUUUUAGAUGCCGACUGAAAGUCACACUCGUCUCUAACAAACUGCAGUUUCAGCAAAGCUAGUGUGAGGUGGCGAAAGCAGGCAUGUGUCAGUGAUGUUGCUGGAAAAGUAUUAGUAUGCAAAGGCUUUCCGACUACAGACUCUACGCCAGUCACACGUUUAUGUAAAACGCUGCCGAACAGCAAGACAGCAGGAGGGAAAAGUGGGUAGAAAUUUGCAAAAAGUCAAGUGUGGCAAAACUAAGAGAAGCUGGCACUGUUUAAAACAGAAACUUUCUCUCAAACACUGAAAUAAUACAUAAUUUUUUUUUCCCCAGAUGGGAUAUAAAGCACCAUGAGACACUAGGAAACCUUUUAAAAACUUUAGAAGUGUACAUUUGUUCUCACUGAUUACAGAAUGUCAGACAUAAAAGGAUCACAAGUUUGCUUUUUAUUUUAUAGUUCUCAACUACAGCAAAACACAGAAGGCUUGUUUUGCAGAAACUAGAAUGUGUAUUUCUUUGAGGGAAAAAAAACAAAAAACUAUUCAGGAGUUGCAGUCAAGCAACCAUACGAAAAAGUCAAACUUGGACUAAGUUUGUGUGGAAACGAUUAGGUUUGCUCCCGGUUUUAAAUGUCUUUUACACUUAAAAGAGCCCAAACGGAGGAUUGCUAUUGAAUGACGAGUUAUCAGGCAGUUGCCUGACCGCCUGACAGUCACCAUAAAGCACUGAGUGAAGAUCACCAGACAGCAUGUCUUGCAGAUGCUUUACAGAGCUUUUCUCCUCUCGAUGCAUCACAUAUUAAUCUUACAUGAAAUGGGGUAGCUUGUAUUGUCAUCCCAUUAUCUUGCAUUGCGUUUUGAAACUAAAACAAGUCGGCGUUGAAUAAUUUAGACAAAGUUUGACCCAUCUGGUGUUAAGUCUGUUAUUGGUCAGUCAUGCAUGUACGAAGAUGUAGAGUUAAAAUUAUUUACUUUUAAUAGAAAAGCAUGUUUUUAAGGGAAAAUGAGACGGGUAUAUCUCCCAGCAUAACAUUUAAAAUGCUCCAAAAUUAUGCAUGUUCUAUAGUAGACUUUUUUUUUUAUUGACAUUGAAUUAAAUUCAAAAUAUUUUUUUUCCAAACAAAAAAAA